AUGCAGGUGUUAUCCUCUCGAGAAUCCCAGAUGGGAGCUCGAUCCGCAUCGUUGCGACCUCAGCCACUGACGAACGCACAUGUGGACGCGGGAGGCUUGUACAAACGGGUGGCGGAGUUGAGAUCCAUAAUGACGUGCAAAAAGGCGUCCCGGUGUGUGCGACUAGACGGGGGUAUCGAGAUGGAGAGAAACGCACCGAACCUUGUAGAACUGGUAGUGUUUGAGCGAGAGGCUCAUGAGAACGCGUUGGGCGCCGUCCCUGCAGCUUCAAGCAUGAGCCAGCCCUGCAAACUGUUCCUCUUCGUCAUCGCCCAUCCAUGCAGGCGGGCAUUCGGCCGCACGAGUGCCCAGGAGGAGACGGAGAAAUUGCACAAGGAGGGAGAGCGAAAAGGAGCAGAAAAAUCCGAAGAUAAUUGUAGCAUUCGUCCAGAGGAGACCAGGGUAGGAUUUCUAAGCUUCAAGCUCAGAGAUACCAGUGAUCCAGCAACUCCACCACCUCAGGAUGGGCCCUCCACCGCGUGUUCCAGCCCUGCGCAGACCAGUUUUGCAGCUUUGCUCGUCACUACAGAUGAUACGUCGGCUGUUGGCCUGAAGCUGGGUUUGCCAACUCAACUCUCUCCUUCUUCUCGAUCGGCAUCCCAAAAAUGUAUUGAGCGUCCAAUUCAGUCCGACAAAAGUGUAGAUAUGAAGAGAGUUUUCGUUCUGAUGGAUCCCCGAGGAGGAGUAGAGGCUGGAGAGGAGUGCUGGGAGCAACAAAGCGCCGUGCUGUACCCUACCAUCUCUGCUCACUUCAGGCCAACUGGUGCACGCACGGAUAAACACGGGUAUCUAUCACUAUCUGCGGAGAAACUGCGUCGUGUUUCGACUUGGUAUACCAGCCGACGUAUCAUCUGUAGUGACGAGCAAAGCUGCAAAACUGGUCUGCGCAGGGCUGGAACACGCGGUGGAGGGCCCAUCCUGAGGUGGUGGAGUUGCUGGAUCACUGGUAUCUCUGAGCUUGAAGCUUAG